AUUCAAAAAGAAAUAUAAAGAAUUCGGGGAUUAUUAUAAAUUUUGAUUAUUCAAUCUUCCCAUCAUCGUCGUCACCAUCAUUAACAAAAGAAACAGAAGUAGUUCCAUUUUUUGACUAUCUCAGUUACUGUCAAAUAUUAUCUGUUCAAGAUAUAUAUGAUAUUGAUUAUAGUAUUAAUACUUGUGGGAGAAGAUUUAUGACCAUUCAUAAAUCCACAAUAGUUUCAGAUGAAUUGUUAAAAGUGUUUCUAAAAAAAUGCCGAAACGGUAUUAUUGGUGAUCUUGACAUUGCUAGCAAUAUUAAUGAUGUUAAGAGUAUUAGCAUUAGUGGUGAUGAGCUUAGUAAUGUUAGCAAUGGUAAUGUUAAUAGUGACAAAAAUAACAAUUCAAUCAAUUUAACAUACAAAGUUCACCAUUUAAAGGUUUGGAAUGAUUUAUCACCUUCGAUUUUAAGGAAGAUCUCAAUAAUGUUUCAUGAUAUUAAGAUAUUAACAAUAAAAUUUUGUCAUUAUGUGAUUAUUAAUAAUAGACCAGAAAUUAAAAACCUUAUAGAAUCACAAAAAUCUUUGCAAGAAAUUAAUUUGUUAAACGAUUCUUUCUUUAUAUUUAAAGAAAUUGAUGAUUCAAUCUCAAAACAUUCAGAAACUUUAAUCAUGGAAAUUUCUUUGCGUUUAGAAUUUUUAGAUUCAAUAAGUUUCCCAAAUCUUGAGAAACUUUUUGUUUUUGGUGAUCAAAACGAUAUCAGAACAACUUUGGAUUUAAAAUUUUGUACAAAAAUAAUAGAGAAAACUAAAGGAAAUAUGAAAACUAUAAGAAUAGAAUCAAACAAAUUUCUAAACGGUACUUGGCGUUAUAUCAAAUCGAUACCUGUUCAUUGUCCAAAAAUCCAAAAGCUUACGAUAUUUUACGACAACCUCAACUUUCUUGGUUUAUCAAUGAAAGAAGACUUUGAAAAUAUUUUGAGAUCUUGUAAAUAUUUAAAGAUUUUAUAUGUUCAAGAGUUUCACCAUAGUAACUUUUGUUUCCUUGAUGGCAAUCAGAUUUUGAGUUCUUUGGCAGGUCAUUUAUCUUCAAAUAUUUUUAAAGAGCUACAUAUGAUCGGUAAUUGGACAAUUUCUCUUGAUGGAUUUAAAAUCUUUUGUGAACUUUGUAAAAUUAGAAAUAGAAAAAAAAUUACUUUGAAAUUUUGGUUUGAUGAAGGAAUUUGUCAAGAUGGUUUUGUUAAAAUUUAUGAGAAUUUUGUGGAUUAUGGAAUUUUAAAAUCUUUAGAAUUUGGUUGGAAUAGCAAAAAAAAAAAUAUUAAAAGAAUUUUAAAUUAUGAAGAAGACAUUAUUAUAUGA